AUGUCUUCCGUGAAUGGUGGAAGUCAUGGUGAGAGGUUGAAGCAUAGUCCUGUCUUCUACAAGAUUCUGUUUUCUACAAUUGACAUGUUCAUGAAUUGGAUUUGGCCAACGAACAAAGAUACAUCUAUUGUGAUAAAAAUCGUACAGCGAAUGCUUUUGUUUGUCUUCGUUACUUCUGUUCUUUUGCAAAUAGUUUCAGGUAUUUUGUAUACCUUAUACGAGGAAAAGGAUAUGAUGAUUAAAUUGAAACUCGCGGGGCCUAUAAUUUUUUUUUUGGUAAUGAUUCAUCAUUCACAUUGUACAAUGACAAUUGGAAAGGAAAUUCAAACUUUGUUAAUUACAUUUACGUAUUUCACGUUAAUCGUGUCUUUAAUGUUCAAUAUUUUCAUAAUUUGUUACAUUGGUGAACUUCUUAAGGAACAAAAUGAAAAAGUAAGGUAUUUCACCUACAAGAUUGAAUGGUACACACUACCAAAUAAUAGAGCAACAGAUUUAAUAAUGAUUUUCUUAAUCACAAGUGCUUGUCCUGCAAAGAUUACAGCAGGAUUUGUCAUAGAUUUGACUUUUCGUACUUUUACUGGAGUAAGUGUUGUCAAAUUUUAA